AUAAACAUAAAUAUCCAAUCUUUGGUCAAGAAAAGUGCAUCCACAUUAACAACCAAACCGGUAGUUUCUGAAUUUCCGGCCACCACCCCUGCAAUACCAAUACUUGCUGUACCUUUCUAGUUUCUACUUAAUUUAUUAUAUAUCCGCCCUUUUCAACCAAAAUAAUAAAUUAAAUAAAACCCCAAAUUGCAAUCUUGUAAAUCAACCUUCGUCGUUUUACAAAUAUCUAAAAACCUAAACUUAGAAAUCAAAAUCUUGAUAUUACCCACAAUUUAAUAUUUUUAGUAGAUACAGUCAAAUUAUCUGCAACAAUUCAUCAAAUCUAAUCAGAUAAAAAUUCCCAGAAAGUUGCCGAAGAAGAAGAAGAAUUGGGAAGAAGAUGGAGAAGAUGAUGUAUGUGAGAGCGGAAGCAUCGAAGGAAGUGAAUAAGAAUACAGAAUGGGUGACAUACCCAGGUGUAUGGACUACCUACAUUUUUAUUCUCUUCUUUUCUUGGCUUCUUGUUCUCUCUCUCCUAGGUUGUUCUGCUGGUAUGGCUUGGACCAUUGUUCAUCUUUCUCAUUUCUUCGUCACUUACCACUGCUUUCAUUGGAAGAAAGGCACACCAUUUUCUGAUGAUCAGGGUAUCUACAAUGGGUUGACUUGGUGGGAGCAGAUUGAAAAUGGCCAGCAGCUUACUCGCAAUAGGAAAUUCCUCACUGUUAUCCCUGUUGUAUUGUACUUGAUCGCUUCACACACAACAGACUAUCAGAACCCAAUGCUUAUGUUGAACACUCUUGCUGUUUUUGUGCUUGUGGUUGCCAAGUUCCCUCGUAUGCACAGGGUUCGUAUUUUUGGAAUAAACGGAGAAAACUGAUUCAAAGUUGUGUAUUUUUAAACACUUCAGUUCAGAGUCUGCUAUUGUAAGUUUAUAAAUUUGUUUUGCAUAUAUUGGUGUCAUUUUUUACAGUGGAAAAAGGGUGUAUAACCAAAAUUUUGUUAAAGUAAUCAAUGACAAUAUUACGGAGUAAGUUUUAUGCGUUUCUGGAAGAA